AUGCCGGGCCUUGAGAGACUAAUAAUGUCAAGUACGAGUUCUCGUUCAACACGAAGCCGUCGUGGUGGCGGUGCCCCACUGCAGCCAUCCGUCGAACCCAUGUCUGCCGACCUCUUUACAACUGGCACUCCCCAACUUGACGCUGAAGUGAGUGAGGCUCCAGGUACUGCUUCUUCCAGCUCUCAGAGAAGGGGCGUUGUGGAUGAACAGUCGGAUGCAGACCUCCGCUCCGGUCUACGAACCUCCGAAAUUGAUCCUGGCAGUCCACUCUCCUACAGUGAUAUGUCCAGCAUGCCGGGUAGUCAUGCUGGUGAUGCGGUAAGCUCAAUGCGACCCGGGGUCAAUGAGGGCGGCACACCAAGAUCUCACUUUGCUGCCUCCGGGCCAAUCGGACACACUGUAGAUACCGAGAUUGGGUCUUCUGCUGAACCUGGUGCUCAGGCAGUUUGUACAUACAACACUUUUGAACCGAUCCAACAUUGCUAUUUCGCCGAGCAGACUGUAAUCUGGGGCACCAACGUGAACAUAGCGAAAGUAAUGGAACAGUUUAAACGAUUUCUUCUCAAUUACACUCUCCGCGAGCUUCAAGGUCAGUCGGGUCUGACCACUGGAGUGCCGUUAGAUCCGAAUCGACCGCUUUACUUGCAAAGAAUGGAGGAUAUGGCAGUGUCAGGCGCCACCACUCUCGAUAUUGACUGUCAACACCUACGGGAGGUACAACCCGAGCUCUACAACCAACUUAUCACUUUUCCAAAAGAGGUCAUUCCUGCUUGCGACGCCUCCCUUCAUGCUCUCUUUCUAGAUCGUUUCCGAGAUGCCAGACCGGAGAGACCUUUGCAGACCCGCCCAUUUAACAGCGGAAAGUUGCGUUCUCUUCGUGAGCUAAAUCCGGAAGAUUUAGAUCAACUCGUAUCGAUAACAGGUCUCGCCAUUCGCCUCUCCAACCUCAUUCCCGAGAUGAUGCGAGCGGAAUUCAAGUGCGCAGUUUGUGGUGCCAUGACAAGCGUUGUGUGUGAGCGUGGGCGGGUGGAAGAGCCCUCGGCUUGUGCUCGCUGCCAUGCCGCGCAUACAGCACAACUGCAGCACAAUAGGUGCCUCUUCGUGGACAAGCAGCUCAUCAAACUUCAGGAGGCUCCUGAAGACAUGCCAGCUAGUCAGACGCCGCAUACUGUUGCGCUGUACGCUCACGAGGAUCUCGUAGACAAACUGAAGCCUGGUGAUCGGGUUUGCGUGACGGGAAUCUAUAGAGCUGUACCUCUCAAAUUGUCCAGUCGUAUAAGAACUUUGAAGGCCAUCCACAAGACCUACAUCGAUGUGCUGCACUUCAAGAAGGAGUUGUCAAGACGCCUUUUCGUCGACGAUGAGGAGGAUGAAAACGAGGUGGCAAGAUUUGGGGAGAUGACCGCAUCAAACGUGAUGCGUCACCUCAGUGAGGAGCGCAUUACGCAGAUCAUCGCUCUUUCAAAGAAACCCGACCUCUACGAACGGCUCUCUGCUGCCAUUGCACCCAGCAUCUACGAAAACGAGGACGUGAAAAAGGGCAUUCUCCUGCAGCUUUUUGGUGGUACGAGAAAGGACUUUGCGUCGAAGGGUCGUGGCAACUUCCGAUCGGAGAUUAACAUCCUCCUAUGUGGAGAUCCCGGCACUUCAAAAUCUCAGCUGCUGCAGUACGUCUACAGCAUCUCUCCACGCGGUCAGUACACUUCGGGGAAAGGCAGCUCGGCUGUUGGUCUAACCGCUUAUGUUACCAAGGAUCUUGAGACGGGACAGCUCUCAUUGCAGACUGGUGCUUUGGCUCUCGCCGACAAUGGGACUUGUUGCAUCGACGAGUUCGACAAGAUGACUGACUCCACUCGUUCUGUUCUGCACGAGGUGAUGGAACAGCAAACUCUAAGUAUUGCAAAGGCUGGGAUCCUCUGCCAAUUGAAUGCUCGUACCGCCAUUCUAGCUGCUGCUAAUCCCGUCGGCUCUAAGUGGGAUCCCUCCAAAACCAUUAUCGAUAAUAUCCAGCUGCCGCACACGCUUCUCUCCCGCUUCGACCUCAUUUUCCUCAUCCUUGACCCGCAAAAUGAGGUCUAUGAUGCGCGUCUGGCUCGUCAUCUCGUGGGUCUCUACUACAAGGGCACGGCCAAUGAUCGCUCGCGACGCAGUGCUACCAUGACCACCCUCAUGGAUCUGGAUGAGGAUGAUCCCGUCUACCAUGGCGACUCGGCUGCCAUGUUGCGUGACUAUAUUGCUUAUGCUAAGGCCAUGUACCAUCCAAAAUUGAGCGAAGAGGCCAGUGAAUAUUUGGUCCGUGAAUAUGUCGAAAUGCGCAAGCUUGGUGCCAACCGUGGACAAAUCUCGGCAUAUCCACGUCAGCUGGAGUCUUUAAUCCGUCUAGCCGAGGCGCACGCUCGAAUGCGUUUGUCGCAUUUCGUCAACGCCGACGACUGUCGUGAAGCCCGACGCCUGCAGCGCGAGGCUAUCAAGCAGGCUGCUAUUGAUCCGGUUACUGGGACCAUCGAUAUUAACAUUCUUACCACUGGCGUGAGCAGCAGCAUGCGAAAGCGACGGGAGGAGAUGGCGGCAUCCAUAUGGGCGAUUCUGGAACAGAGUCCACGAGUCAUCACUUUUGCAUACUUGCGAGUUUUGGAGCAGCUACGUGCCACCUCCGAGCGCAUGGUUUCCGCCGAGGCGUUUGAGGACGGGCUCAAUGUGCUUCGCAACGCCAACAAGAUAGAGUGGGCUGGUAACACCAUCCGUAAACGCUAG